CCCCUAUUCCCCCAAUUCCCCUUGCACACAACUCAAACACAAACACGCACAAAAAAUGAAACUAGUUUGGUCACCAGAGAGAGCAUCCAAAGCAUACAUCGACACAGUUCAAUCGUGUCAGCUUUUCCGCGAAUCGGGUGUGGCAGAGCUUGUUUCCGCCAUGGCUGCGGGGUGGAACGCGCAGCUCGUAGUGGAGACAUGGUCGCAGGGUGGAGUUAUUCCAACAAGCGUGGGAUUAGCCGUAGCGAGCCACCAUACGGGUGGAAGACACGUGUGCAUAGUCCCAGAUGAUAGGUCAAGGAGGGAAUACACAGAAAGAAUGGGUGAAGCAGGUGUGUCGGCGGAAAUAGUGGUGGGGGAAGCAGAAGAUGUGAUGGAUGGUUUGGUUGGCAUAGAUUUCAUGGUGGUGGAUGGUCGAAGAAAGGACUUUGCCAGAGCGUUGAGGCUUGCCAAGUUGAGUAGUGAGGGUGCUGUGCUGCUCUGUAAGAACGCAAAUUCAAACUCAAGUUUUAUAUGGAGGAGCGUGUUGGCACAAGGAUCUCGGCGUCUUGUUCGUUCGGUGUUUCUUCCGGUGGGGAAGGGGCUUGAGAUGGCACACUUGUCUGCUACAGUGGGUAAUGCUAAUAGCUCCGUUUCAGGACACAACAAAUGGAUUAAGCAUGUUGAUCAACGAUCAGGGGACGUGCACUUUAUUCGAAGGUGAAUUGAUUCUGCAUACGUCUCAACUUGGCCAUUUAAUUUUGUAAAUACAGUGUGAAUUUAAGGAUCAAAUCAACAUUUACUCCGUGAGAAGGAGCCUGACCCGUUAUUGUUUAUCUAGCUUCUUUCUCUCUAGCCUGUAACAUGUUGGCUUAUUUAUUAUUUGUUUAUUUAUUUUUUAGAAAGAGAUAAGAAGAAAAAGAGAAACAUUUGUUGCUAUUCUUCAUGUCUUUUCCGUAUUUGGAAUGGUUUUGUAACUUCAAAGGUUCACCCGUUAACAUUCAAUGACUAAGGUAUCUUGUUUUCUUUCUAUUUGGAAAAAUCUUAUCCUUCCAGCAGCCUGGCUGUUGAGUUCUGGUUAGUCGAAUGAAUCUAAAAUUGAGACUGGGCAUAAGUCAUCAUGAAAUGGACAAUAGAGUGUUUGAUAAAUUAAUCUCAAGGAGCCAAUGAUGGCGAGCAUUCAAAAAUCAAAGAUUUCAAGAUUAUGCUGAACUGCAGUCCCUUUCAAAUGUAUAUUUAAUAGGCAUUAAGUAUGUUCUCAACAAAACAUUAAUGUAAUGACAUGUUGUAAAAUUUAAAAUUAAGUUGUGUAAUUUGAAGCACUAAAGUCAACAUGUGCUUCCUUCUGAUUGAUAAAAAAAAAGUAAAGAUUUAUUAUAUUUUCAUACCUACC